ACACCUGAAAAAUCCCAUGACGAGAGAACACAAAUCCCAGGCAUUAUGGAAGGAAAGCAGCGAGUUGUUGAAAUUGCAAGAGUUUCUGCGCUGACAGCUGCGGAAUUCAAUGUGGAGUACUUCAAGAAAGAUGUUCCAGUCAUUAUAACUGAUGUGGCUAGUAAGUGGCCAGCGGCUGGAUGGACCCUUGAGUCCCUCAAGGAAAGAGCUGGUCAUAAUAAAGCAUUCAUCAGACAAAAUACAAGCAAGGAAGACUACAAGGUGGGUAAAGCAUACACCAUCCGUGAGAGCACACUCAGAGAGUACAUCAAUGAUUUGGACGAAGACAACAGCCGUUCCAGGAAUUCUUAUCUCGCUGUGCAGAACAUCAAGAGCACAUUUCCCGAGUUAGAGGCUGAUGUUCCAAUGCCAGACUACGUUGGUAAGAUCCACCUGGGACCCUACCUGUGGAUAGCUGUCAAGGGCCAUUAUGAGUACUGCCACUUUGAUCCUGACGAUGGGCUAUUAGUUGUCUUGAGUGGGAGGAAAAAGGUCCAAUUAUAUGGCUGUAAUCCCAUGCCCCUCUACCCAAACCCACUGGGGUCAAAAGGUCGUACCAUUCAGGCCCAAGUCAACUGUGAGGAUCCUGAUCUGGAGAGGCAUCCAUUGUUUGCAUUAGCUACAUGUUAUCAAGGGGAACUUGGUCCUGGAGAAAUGCUGUACAUCCCAUCUUUCUGGUGGCAUCAAGUGACAUCUGUAGAAAUGUCCAUCUCUGUCAAUUUCUUCUUUGGUGAUGCUGGAGAUAACAACUUCAUCACUAAAGCCAUGGGAAUGAACAAGUGGCCUGCAUUUUCCCAUUGGCUGCUUAACAUAGUUGAGCAGAACCGUAACUACGAUGCCCUUCAGCGAGUCUUGGCCCACCUGCCUCACUCCUUAGCUACGUUCCUCUUCAAGGAAUGGAAGGAGAGAGUGUCUCGUGAGCAAGUCAAGACCUUAGUUGAUCUUGUUAUGGACUAUCUUGGAGUAGAUGAGCUACCUACAGAUGAGGAGAGGACAAGCAAGAAUCCACCUCCUCUCAAGAUCAGGGGAUUAUUGUGGAGGAAGUAGUUGCCAUGGUGAUUGAUAACCUAAGCAAACAAAUAAAUUGAACUUCUUAAUUCAGGCAAAGUAAGGAAUGUUGUAAAACACGGAAUGCUUUUAAACCUUCUCGAUUGCUCAUUGCUCAAGUAAAGUAUAAUUUACUCAAAAGAAAGCAAUUGUUGCAAUGUACAUUUCAAUUGUAUGCGAUCUAUGUAAAACAGUGCCAUUUAUCAUGUAAAUAUUUUAAAGGCUUAAUUGCAAUGUACGUUUUAAUUGUAUGGGAUCUAUGUAAUACAAUGCAUUUAUCAUGUUAAUAUUUUAAAGGCUAAAUUGUAAGAACAAGAACAUUUUAAAGCGUAUUCUUAUGUAUAACAUGUUCAAAGAUAUCAUGCUAAGGGACUGUACCAGACCAUGACAGUUUGGAGAUAACCUGCUUUUUUGUUUAAAAAUUGGAAAAAAGUAACCAUCUUCCAGUAUGGGGUAGUUGUAAUACUUGUACAUGUAUUAACUAUUUUUUUCUAAUAAGGACAUUUUAAAAUCACAUUUCCUUAAAUGACUGAGAACAUUUAUCAGCAUAAUAAAUAUGCUUUAUUCACCAGUUGUAACUGAGUUACUCUAAACUGAGCCACCACCUUAGUCAGCACUCGCCAAGUCUCAAGUCAGAUCACAAGCCCUUCAAGUGACGGUGCACAAAGAAAGGCCUUUGUCAGGGUCCACACCUCUGUAACUUUGACCAAGCCUGUGAUGGUUGACCUGUGAUUCAUUUCAUCAGCCACACACUUUGUGAGAUUUGAAUGUUUUACAGUACAUGUACAUACGAGCACAUUUGUUUUUGAACAGCAUGCAUGCUCGACGGGAAGAACCACACAGCAUUUUGGUUCCUUUUUUGUGGAUUUCUCAAGAAAAGAAACAAAAUACCGUACAUGUAAUGAGAAAAUUGUGGAAUGUGCUGUUGUAGAUAUGUAAUAUUAAUUUCAAAAUAUGAAAUGUUUGAAUGUGAAGUCCGUUUCAGUUUCAGGUACAUGUACUAAUAAUUAUUUUAAAGGUUAAUAUUGAAGAGAAAACUCAUAAGCUGCAUGUAAACAAGUCAUGCCAUGUACACUAUCACUAUAAAAAUGAAUCUUAAAAAACAAUUUGUAAAUGACCAAAUCACCUGGAGCUCUUCCAAAUUUGUAAAAGUAUGCUGAGAAAGUAAUCGUACAGUAUAUAGCUCGAUCAAUUGUGCAAAUCAUCGAGGACAUUUUUUUACUCCUCCAUAUGUGCAAAUUUAGGGUUUUUAGAGAAAGUGUUAUUAUAGUCACAUAAGAAGCCGACGAGGCAGUCAGUUUAAUUUGUUUACGCAUAUGAAAGAAGAAUUUUAUCUGAAAUAAAAAAAAGAUCUCAAUAAAACAUCAA